UUUUGAACGUUAACAUAACAAAUGCAUUCAGGAAAGUUACUGUGCAAUGAGUAAAUCUCUGGCUUGAAAUCAAGAAAAACAAGUGAUUACUCUAUCUUAGUGGUUGCAUUAAUGAUUGAUACCAUGGCUCGGCUUCGAACUCAUGGUUAUUUUCGCAAUUGCUAAAAAAAAUUAAGCUGAUCUGAGAAAAUCUUGGCCACAAAUUAUCUGUAGCGGACGAAAAACUGAACUGCAUUUAUGUUCUGGAAUGCGAUAUCACAAAGCUAUCAGAAACUGCAGUGGAAAUGCAUAAGUGACAGAUCCAUAUUCCAACUCAAAUUAAACUAUGGAACACAUUCUGAGUGUUCCGCAGUUGCUAAUAACACAAUGCAGUGGCUGACUGCAACGGUUGGGACGGAAUCCCAUAAAACUGGAGGGAUUACAUCCAUCCGGAUAUGCUAGAAAAUAGCGAAGAGCACCAAGGACGUUAUGAUAGCGACAUGAUGGAGGGAGACAUGGUCGGCUUCGAAAAACCGGAACAAUUUCUGUGCAUUCAUUACCAAAAGACGCCGAAAGGAGCCGCCAACGCUGUAGACGAUACGAAACUUUUGUGGCCCAACAAUACCAUACCGUACGAAUUCACACGGAAACAAUUUGCGACAUUCAGUACAAAAGAAACCGCCUUCGUGGUGCAGUCCAUGGCACUUAUCAGCCAGCUGACCAACAACUGUAUCAAAUUUGUUCGCCGAUCCACGGAAGAAGACUACAUCGUUUUUCAAAGAGGCAUUCAGUGCAUGUCUAGUAUUGGACGAACUGGAAGCCGGCAGCAGGUUUGGCUCUCACAAGCAUGCAUGCAGCAUCACGGCGAUGUUCAACAUGAACUUAUGCACACGAUGGGCUUUCUCCAUGAACAAUCACGCUCCGACCGCGAUAAUUAUGUGACAAUCAUUUGGGAUAACAUCAGCGAGGAUAAUCGAGAGCAGUUCCAAAAGUAUGAUACGGGAAUAACGUACGGAUUACCGUAUGAUUACGAGUCGGUAAUGCACUAUGCAUACAACGCUUUUGCCAAGGACAACAGCACGCCUACCAUCGUUCCGAAAGUCAAACGGGCAAAAGUUGGCCAGAACGAAAAUCUAAGCACACUGGAUGUGGUCAGAAUUCAGAAGUGUUUUCGUUGUUCGACCGCCACCGGAAGUGGUUUGCAAGAUCUGACAGCCAAAGUAUCGCAACAAGCCAGCCGCAUUAGCCAACUGGAAGACGAGAUCAAAAAGUUGAGCAAGGACAUUCAGACGCUGCGCACAAAGACUGAAGAACAGGAUGUAACAGAAGAGCUCCAAGAUAUAAAGAAUAACUGCAGUACUGUGGCGAAAGAAGUGCGCGAAUUGCGCAUUUAUAGCAAAGAUUUGGAGAAAAAGAUCACAGCCACACCCGCAGCGGGCAGCACAGCGGUCUCUUCUGCAUCGUUGGCUAGGCUACAGAUUCUCCUCGAUUCAACAAAUAAUACUUUGCAGAAGUUCAAUAUGCUCAUCAGUAACGAUAACAACAAUGCGCCACCUAUCGGAUCAAUUGUUGCGUUCGCCACGGAGACCGCGCAGACAUUGCCGCGUUGCUGGAUGCGGUGUGAGGGAGAGACAUUCUCCACCGAAGAUUUUCCGCAACUGGCUAAACUUUUUCCUUCAGGAGUUUUGCCGAACUUAUCAGGGCGUUUCCCGCUGGGCCGCACAACUGCACAUCCUUUGUGCGCCACAGGAGGCGAAGAGACGCAUGAAUUAACUAUUCAGGAAAUGCCUAGUCACUGGCACGCCGUAGAGAAUGGCGGCCGGUUCGUCACCUUUAAUAACGACGCGGUUUACCGAUUUAGUAGUAAUAUACAUAUGGAAGGUAAAGAACCACUGGGGAUCUUCGAUGGAUGGCAGUACACAGCCAAAGCUGGGGGAAGCGAACCACACAACAACAUGCCGCCUUUUUAUGCUGUACUUUACUUUAUACGCGCUUGUUAACCAAGCACUUACAGAAUUUUGCAUGAUCCUGUUCAACAAGAUCACGUUUUUAGAACGAUAUGAAUAACAUCUAAUGAUGCAUUAUACUGGCAUACACACUACUACUGCAUGUCACGUGCAAGAUCAAUUUGCUAAUGUUGGAUACAGAAUGC